AUGCGAGAUCCUAGGACCCCUCAGAAUACACCUGCUUCAAAUGCGCCCAUCUCUUCGCACGCGCAGGCCCCCACCAUCAGUGAUAUUCAAGAAGCAGAGGACCUUGAUCGUGCUGCAGCGGCGUCGAUAUUCGCUAAAAACCCUGCCCUUGUCUCCAUGAUGCAGGAAAAACUCGGUUCCCUUGUUGGUCGAUCGUCUGGAUACGUCGAGUCUUUACCUAGCCCUGUCCGCCGACGCGUUACUGGUCUAAAGGGAAUCCAAAAGGAUCAUGCCAAACUGGAAGCAGAGUUUCAAGAAGAGGUUCUCCAGCUGGAAAAGAAGUACUUUGUGAAGUUCACACCCUUGUACCAAAAGCGAGCGGCGAUUGUGAAUGGCGAAGCCGAACCCACCGAAACUGAGGUCGAGGCUGGCAAGACCGAGGAUGACGAAGAGGGCGAGGAAGAGGAAGACAAAGAGGAAAAGACUUCUGUCGAGGACUUGAAAGGCAUCCCAGAAUUCUGGCUCACUGCCAUGAAGAACCAAAUCUCUCUUGCCGAGCUGAUCACCGAUCGAGACGAAGAAGCUCUCCGAUCGCUGACCGACAUUCGGAUGGAAUACCUUGAGCGACCUGGGUUCCGCCUUAUCUUCGAAUUUGCCCCCAACGAUUUCUUCACCAACCAGACCAUCACCAAGACGUACUACUACAGAGAGGAGAAUGGCUACGGCGGUGACUUUAUCUACGACCACGCCGAGGGCGACAAGAUCGAAUGGAAGCCAGGCAAGGAUCUGACGGUUCGCGUUGAGAGCAAAAAGCAGAGAAACAAGAACACCAAGCAGACGCGAAUCAUCAAGAAGACCGUCCCUACCGAGUCAUUUUUCAACUUCUUCUCGCCGCCCGUCCCGCCUACUGAUGAGGAUGAUGUUGCUUCCGACAUCGAGGAAAGACUCGAGCUCGAUUACCAACUGGGCGAAGACAUCAAAGAGAAGCUCAUUCCUCGAGCUAUUGACUGGUUCACCGGCGAAGCGUUGGCAUUUGAGGAGUUCGAGGAUGCCGAAGAUGCCGAAUUUGAGGAUGAAGACGACGAGGACGACGAGGACGAAGAAGAGGCGGAGUCUGAGGAAGAUGACGAGGAAGAAGGUGGAAAGCCUCGGUCCCAGCAGGCCUCGGAGUGCAAGAACCAGUAA